ACAGGGGCAAAUAAUCUCAACGUAUCAUCAUUUUGUUUUUUGACAAGCCAAAAAAUCAAACAAUCAAACAGCCAUGGAUGAAGAUCCAGUUAUCGUUAUCGAUGAACAAGAUAGACCAUUUGAAGAAGAACUUAUUCGUAAUCCACACAGCGUUAAAUCAUGGCUUCGAUAUAUAAGUAUGAAAGCGAAAUCACCACCAAAAGUAGUGUAUAUGUUAUAUGAACGAGCUGUGAAACAAUUACCAGGAAGUUAUAAAUUAUGGUAUCGUUAUCUACGUCUUCGACGUGUCCAUUCACGUUCUCUUUGUCCUGGAAGUAUCUUGCAUGAAGAGACUAACAAUGCCCAUGAAAGAGCUCUUGUUACAAUGCAUAAAAUGCCUCGUAUAUGGAUAGAUUAUUUGCUGUUUUUAAUGUCACAAGGAUUAAUCACACGUACAAGACAUGCAUUCGACAGAGCAUUGAAAGCAUUACCAAUUACCCAGCAUGAUCGAAUAUGGAAUUUAUAUUUAAGAUUUGCUGAUCGACAUGGUCAUAAAAUUAAUGAGACUUGUGUACGAAUCUAUCGACGAUAUGUAAAAUUUGCUCCUGAUGAUAUGGAACGUUUUGUGAAUUUUCUUAUACAACACGGGAAUGCUAAUGAAGCUGCUGUUGUCCUGUCAGAAAUUAUUAAUGAUGAUAGUUUUAUGAGUCGUGAAGGAAAAUCGAAAUUUCAACUGUGGAAUCAAUUAUGUAAUCUUUUAGUGAAAAAUCCAUUGAAAAUCACCUCGUUGAAAGCGGAUCCAAUUAUUCGUCAAGGAAUUCAUCGUUAUACAGAUCAAGUUGGUGUUCUAUGGAAUUCAUUAGCUGAUUAUCAUAUACGUUGUGAAAAUUUAUCACGUGCUAGAGAUGUAUAUGCUGAAGCAUUGAAUAGUGUUUCAACUGUACGUGAUUUCACUCAAGUGUUUGAUGCAUAUGCUGAAUUUGAAGAAUCGAUGGCAAAAGCGAAAAUGGCUUCAUUAGAACAAUCUGAAGUGACAGAAGAUGAUGAAUUGGAUGUUGAAUUGUAUUUGGCACGUCUUGAAUCUCUCAUGGAUCGUCGUCCAUUACUUUUAAACAGUGUCUUGUUACGUCAAAAUCCUCAUAAUGUUGCCGAUUGGUUAAAACGUGUUGAAUUAUUAAAAAGUCAAGGAGCACGUGAACAAAUUGCAGCAUUCAUGGAAGGUAUUACAUCGGUUGAUCCAGCUAAAGCAACUGCUGGUCGUCCAUCAUCUCUGUGGACUGGUUUAUCACGUCUUUAUGAAGAACAUGGUCAACUGAGUGAUGCACGUGUUGUGCUGGAAAAAGCAACUGGUGUUGCAUUUUUACAUGUUGAAGAUUUGGCGGCUAUCUGGUGUGAAUGGGCUGAAAUGGAAAUGCGUCAUGAUCAACCUGAAACAGCACUACGUUUAUUAGGCAAAGCAACUACAGCACCAUCACGUAAAGUAGAUUAUUAUGAUCGAUCAGAACCAGUUCAAUCACGUCUACAUAAAUCAUUACGUUUAUGGUCAUUGUAUACAGAUUUAGAAGAAAGUUUUGGUACAUUUGAAACAACCAAGGCUGCUUAUGAUCGAAUGAUUGAUUUACGUAUAGCCACACCUCAAAUUAUCAUGAAUUAUGCUUUAUUUUUGGAAGAAUUAAAUUAUUUCGAAGAUGCUUUUAAGGCCUAUGAAAAAGGUGUUGCAUUAUUUCGUUGGCCAAAUGUUUAUGAUAUAUGGGCUACUUAUUUAUCGAAAUUUAUUGAACGUUAUGGUGGUAAUAAAUUAGAACGUGCACGUGAUCUAUUUGAACAAUGUUUAGAGAAAUGUCCACCGAAAUAUGCUAAAGCAUUGCAUUUAUUGUAUGCACGACUUGAAGAACAACAUGGACUUGCACGUCGUGCUAUUCGUAUUUAUGAACGAGCUACAGAAGCUGUUCUACCAGAAGAAAGAUUUGAAAUGUUCAAUAUUUACAUUCAACGUAUUGCAGAUCUUCAUGGUGUGACACAUACACGUUCCGCUUAUGAACAAGCUAUAGAACGUUUACCAGAAGAACAUUCACGUAAAAUGUGUUUAAGAUUUGCUGAUUUGGAAAGAAAACUAGGUGAAAUCGAUAGAGCACGAGCUGUUUAUGCGUAUUGUGCUCAAAUGUGUGAUCCACGAACUGAAACACAAUUUUGGCAAAUAUGGAAAGAUUUUGAAGUCAGUCAUGGUAAUGAAGAUACACUACGUGAAAUGUUACGUAUACGACGGAGUGUACAAGCUACAUAUAAUACACGUGUUAGUUUUGUUGCUAGUCAAUUACAAUUGAAUGAAGAAAAUUCCACCGUAAAUGCACCAAAAGAUGAAAUGCAAAAAUUAGAUAAAUCACAUACAGAAACUACUACUGGUACAACAGGGAAAUCUAAUUUAGCUGGUCGUCCUCUAGUACAAUUUCAAUCAGCUGGUAUUCGACAAUUGGGUUUGACUACUGACAAAGAUGAACAACCACCGAAAGCUAGUGUUAAUGCUGAAGAGAUUGAUAUUAAUGUGGAUGAAGUCGGCGACGAGAUGGAUGCUGAUGAUGAUGAUUCGAUGGGAGAACAAGAACUCGCAGAAGCAAUCAAUGAUAAUAUUUCUAAACAUACAGGGUCUAGUAAACGACGAAGGAAAGCUUGUGCAGACGAUAUUGACAUAGAAAAUCAACCUGUCCCAUUGGAAGUAUUUGGUAGUUUAAAGCGAGCUGACGAUGACGAGGAUGAUGACGGAGAUGCUUAUGUUCAUUGACAUCCUGUGUACAUUAAUCUUCUUUAUUUGUAUUAUUACUACUGACUACUACUCACACUACUACUCUACUACUACUACUACUACUACUA